AAAAGACAGCUGGAAAAUCGGUGGCGAUAUAGAUGUUAAAGCUAUAAAUAUAAGCGAGCGAUUAAUUGGAUUAGGUACGUCGAUCCAUGAGACAAGUAAUUAAGUAGAUAAGUAUUGGAUUAGGGACAUAGCUUGUGUUAUUUGCUCUGUAAAAUCAAUGAGACAAUGCCAUGUGACUUGCAAAAGAUGAAGAAAUGUAAGGCUGUUAAGGAUUCAUAUGACAUUUGAGGUUGUUCUAGCUAAUACAAAUGGGACAUAAAUGGACACACCAUCUUUACAUUAAUUGGUUUUGAGUCUAACCCUUGCAUGACCACCAAGGGAUUAAUUGUCUCAACCAUGUUCAAUAUCAAGAUCACCAAUCAUAUUAUUUUCAAAUCUUUUGCUGCCCUUCAAUUUGAUUAUAGACGAAAAGGUAGGGCAUGAAGGUAUUAUAACCAGUAGACAUAAUACCUUAUUUUCUGAUUGUUUGAAGACAAUGUCACAUGACACUUACAUGGCUUAUGUCCUAACCAAGAUUAAUCUUGACCACUCACUCAAAUCUUCCAUAUACUUACUCAUCAUCUAUAUAUAUCUCUACACUUUUAUAUCUCUAGCAAACUCAACCAUACACAGCAAUACCUUUCACUUAAACUACUCCACGUUAUUCACAAAGCUACAUCCAAAGAAAUCAGUAUGGCCAGACAUUUUGCUGCUGUUCUCGCCAAGCAAAUUCUUCGCAGAUCUGCAAACAAAGCUCACUCGGCAUCUUCGAAUGUGCCAAAAGGUUGCCUAACAGUUUACAUUGGAGAGACAGAGCAAAAGAGAUUUAUAGUUCCAGUGUCCUAUCUUAACGAGCCUGCAUUUCAAGAUCUGUUACGUAAAGCAGAAGAGCAGUUUGGUUUUGAUCAUCCAAUGGGAGGUUUGACAAUUCCCUGCAGAGAAGAGACUUUCAUUAACGUCACUUCUAGAUUGAGUAGACAGUAAAGAUCAACACACCGAAUAGUAUAGUGUCGUAAAAAAACAAUUUUGUUAUGGUAGAACAGGCCAAACCAAUGUAAAUACGAAAUACUUCUUUUUAUACAGUAUAAGAUUUUUUCUUGCCAAAUGACGAAAAUUAUUGCAAUUUGUGAAUUAAUGCCCUGAAAGUUUCUCAAGACAAUUUUACAAUUUAUUAACAGUUACACAGGGUGGCAACAACAAGACUGUGUUUGUAACUGCACAUAAAAAAUGAAGAAGCGUCAUUUAUUAGAA